AUGGCGAGAAUCAGAGACACCUCGUACGACAAAUCCGUCGUCUACGAGCCGAGCGAAGACUCCUUCCUCCUCGCCGAUGCCGUCGCGGAGGAGAUUUGGUCUCGGGAAAAGAGGAAGGAAUCGAACGCGUUGAGACGACUCGAUGACGACGAUGAAAACGAUUUUGAUGAUGAAAACGACGAGGAGGAAGAAGAAUUUGUCAGCGUGGAAAUCGGCGUCGGUUCCGGGUACGUGCUGUGUUCGCACGCGAUGCGGUUUUGCGAAGAAAUGAAGGAGCGGCUUCAAAGGAAGCAGCGGGAAGAUGAUUCAAAGACGAAGAAAAAAUGUCGUCGCGUGUGGCGGUUUCUCGGAGUAGACGUGAACGAAAAGGCGGUAGAACACGCGAAAGAGACGAUGCGGAGACACGGGUUGCGAGUCGUCGGGGAUGAUGAGGAGGAGGAAAAGGAGGACUUUGAUGAAGACGACUCGUCGUCGUCGCGGUAUUCGAUUGAGAUUUUCCGCGGCGACAUGUUAGAGGACGACCGGUUUUACCGCCGCCGGAUAAAUGCGAAGAAGAAGAAAACAGAAGAAGUGAAAGAAGAAGAGAGGAAGAAGAAACUAAUAGACGUGUUGCUGUUCAACCCACCGUACGUGGUCACACCUUCGGAAGAGAUUUACGACCCUUCAACGAAAAGUUCUUCUUUGUCUUCCUCGUUAACCGCCGCGUGGGCCGGAGGCGUUCGCGGCCGAGAAGUCGUCGACCGAAUUCUCUACGACAUCAAAUCGUGGUUGCGACCAAACGGAGGGACGUUUCUCGUCGUCGCGUACGCGCAAAACGAUAUCGAGGAGAUGAUGGAGAUUUUAUCCAACCAAGACGGAAUGCGAGUCGAACGCGCGAAAUGGACGAAAGCGGACGAAGAGUCCCUCGUCGUCCUCAAAGCCGUGAGACUGUAA